GCAAAACCAAUCCCUCUCUUCUUCCCCGUCUCCAUAGGGUUUUAUCCCUGUACUGUAUCUCAAAGAAAAAGGCUUCAGGGUUGUAUUCUUGCAUCAUUUCAUUUGCAGCUCAUUUGAUCCAGUUGAAGGAAAUGAGCUUGGUUUUAAGAUUAAGGCAUCAUUUACAUAAUGGAUUUUUUUGCCGAAAACCCUUUGAGUCUCAGAUUGUAACUCUCACUGCUUUCAGCUCAAACAGAUUUUCUCGAAAUUUUAGUCAACCUGCAAAGCAAGAACAGGAAGACGAGGAAGAAGAAGUUGAGAUUGAUCAGAGGAGACUCCCAGCCGACUAUGACCCUACUAAUUUCGAUCCCACCGAACACCGUAGUCCUCCGACGGAGCGUGUUUGGAGACUCGUUGAUGAAAUCUCUGGCCUUACUUUGUCUGAAAUUGCCGAGUUGGGGUCUAUUAUAAUGAAGAAGCGUGGAAUGACUGAGCCGCCAACUGUGGGAGUUAUGAAGGCUAGUGCUGCUGCUGGCUUGGCUGGAAUGGCAAUGAAGGCGGCGGGUGGCGGGGCCGCCGCUAAGGAAGAGAAAAAAGCGGAGAAGACUGUUUUUGAAUUGAAAUUGGAGUCAUAUGAAGCUGCUUCAAAGAUUAAAAUAAUAAAGGAGGUUAGGAGUUUUACUGAUUUGGGUCUCAAGGAAGCUAAGGACUUGGUUGAGAAGACGCCCGCUGUCUUGAAAAAGGGAGUCUCAAAGGAAGAAGGUGAACAAUUAAUUGAGAAGAUGAAAGCUCUUGGUGCUAAAGUUGUUUUAGAGUGAACAUUAGACGAGAGGGAUAGCAACAGCUUCUGGGCCUGAGAUGAUGCAGUGAAAAACACUGGAGCAUUCUCCAAAGUUGUGGAUGGUUUGGCUGAGAUUUAUAAUCCUCUGUUGAUAAGGACAAAUGCUCUGAUACUCCUGGGGGAAGAUGGUAACCCUGAUAUCAUACUAACAUGAUAUUGAAUUCUAUUUCGUCUGGUGACUUCUCCCUGUUGUUUCUUAGCUCCCCUUGUGACCCAAUGUUCUCUUUCUUUCCCCUUGUAAGAAUUUAGAAGAAGCGUUAUUGAAGAAUCAAUUGCAAGAACAUACUUCAGUUAUAAGACUUGUUCCUGAACCAAUGAUGAAUAUUUAAACAUUGAAUCUGUCUAGUAGCAGGAUUUAAUGCUUCCUUCUAUAAUGUGCCUUGUGUACUUAAUCCAAUGACACAAGGCUACAUUCUGUGUUUGAAAUAUUCAUAGAUGGUACUAAUCUUCAGAUAGUAGUCAGAUUAUUAAUUAAAAGUAAACUUGAAAUG